AUGGGAGCCCUCUUGUCGCUGCCGCUCUUGGCCGUCCCCUCUGUGGGCUCGCUCAUGACCUUCGCCGCCAGCUGCUGUGGUGCCGCCACGUGCUCCGCUGUCUGCAGCGCUGCUGGAAAAUGUAACAACAGCAUGGCCACCCGUAUCGCCUACGCCGUCAUUCUGCUGCUCAACUCGCUCCUGUCAUGGAUCAUGCUCACCGACUGGGCCGUCAAGAAACUCCAACAUGUCCUGCUCGACUUCGCUACAAUCUCCUGCAACGGCAAGGCCUGCUAUGGCUUCACUGCUGUCCACCGUAUCAACUUCGCUCUGGGCUUUUUCCACUUCAUCAUGGCUCUCCUGCUUAUUGGCGUCAAGAACACUCGCGACAAGAGAUCUGCUAUCCAGAACGGCUUCUGGGGUCCCAAGUUGAUCGCCUGGAUCGGUCUCAUUGUCAUUUCCUUCUUGAUUCCCGACGGCUUCUUCAUCGUCUGGGGCAACUAUGUCGCUCUGGUUGGCGCUGUCCUGUUCCUGCUUCUUGGACUCAUUCUCCUGGUCGACCUGGCUCAUAGUUGGGCUGAGUACUGUCUUGAGAAGGUCGAGAGCACCGAUUCUCAAUUCUGGAAGUCGCUUCUGAUCGGCUCCACCUUGACCAUGUAUCUUGGAUCUAUUGUCAUGACAAUCAUCAUGUACAUCUUCUUCGCCGGCUCUGGAUGCUCCAUGAACCAGGCUGCCAUCACUGUCAACCUAAUCUGCUUGUUGAUCGUCUCAGUCAUCAGUGUCCACCCUUCAAUUCAGGACUCUAACCCUCGUGCUGGUCUUGCCCAGGCCGCUCUCGUCUGCGUUUACUGCACCUACCUGACUUUGUCAGCUGUUGCCAUGGAGCCCGACGACCACCAAUGCAAUCCUCUGGUACGCGCUCGUGGUGCUCGCAGAACUACCGUCAUCAUGGGCGCCAUCCUUACCUUCUUGACCGUGGCCUACACCACAACUCGCGCUGCCACUUACGGCCUGGCCAUGGGCACUGGAAAGCCUGGCGGCUACCAUCAGGUUGGCGAGGGCGACCACGAGCACGGUCUUGUCGCCACACAGCCCUCGUCUCGUCGCGAAUUGCGUGCCGAGGCUCUUCGCGCUGCUGUUGAAUCUGGCUCUCUGCCUGCCUCGGCUCUGGACGACUCUGACGACGACAGCGACGACGAAGACGAGUACCCUGGCAAGCACCCUCGCGACGACGAGAAGAACGCGACCCAGUACAACUACACCUUGUUCCACAUCAUUUUCCUGCUUUCCACAGCAUGGGUUGCGACAUUGCUGACACAAAACGUUGGUGGCGAUUCACUUAUCGAAAAGGGCGAUUUCGUGCCUGUGGGACGUACCUACUGGGCGUCGUGGGUCAAGAUUGUCAGCUCAUGGGUGUGUUACGGCAUGUUUGGUUGGACGCUCGUGGCGCCUGUUGUGCUCCCCGACCGCUUCGACUAUUAA